AUGUCGAACGAUGGCAGUGCUUCCCAGUCAGACUCGUCGAAUAGUUCUUCUAGCCAGCUUUCAUUUUUCCAAGAUAAUACAUUAGAUUUGUCUAAUCUGGAUAGUCCAGAUAGCGCUUUCGUACGAAGUGGAACAGUUGUUCGAAGAUCUACAUCGACUUUUAGAAAAGAGAGAAUUGAAUCUACUAGUAGUACGGAAGAUGUAAUAUUCAUAAUAUUUUUAUUCGUUUCUUUUCUCAGGUCAUCACUUGACUCUUCGCUUGAGAACACUGAUUGUUUAAAAGUUACCAAUCUGAAUGAGUUUAAAGCGGAAAAAACGUCAUCUCCGAAUAGUUCCAGUUAUUUCAGCUGGAUUGAAAGUGUCAACAGCGAAUACUUUGGAAGCGCCGUAUCAAACGCAUCUACUCAAGAUGCUGAUAGCAAAGUUGGCGAGUGGAAUAACUUCUGGUUGAACUACAGCAGUGCUCGUCUUCGUCAUUUAUCAACUGAUCAAACGUUUAGCUCUGAUGGAGGAGAAAGAACAGCAGAUGAUCAGUCAGAUCAAGAGCACAAAAGUCCUGGAAGUACCCAGAGGGACGUUACUGAUAAAAAUUCUGUGGAACUCGUUAUGUUAACAGUGGAAGAAAUUCAAGAAACAUUAAGAUGCUCGCAAAGGAUUACGGAAAUAUUGCGAAGUGCCAUGAAAAGAAGCGAAGUAGAUGGAGGUUCAAAUGGGUCUUAUUAUUCUCAACAUUUAUCUACUAAGAAUUCAGUGAACGAUGAAGUGGAUGUACCAUCAGGAAACAUGGCCAAUAGAGAACGUUCGAUUUCAUGCAUUGAAACCCAACCGACUCAGCGUCAGAAGCAAUCCAUGAAGCCAAAGCAACAGUCUUCAAGUACCAGUUGUAUUGAAGCUCUUUUAAAUACUGGCGUGGGAGAUAUUUGGAAACGAGUCAUAUCCAAACGACGUGAUGUUUCUUCAGCCGAUUCCAAGCUUCUUCAAAGAAACAGCUUUUCUGAGUGGUCCAGUCGAUAGUUUCAUUCUAAGCCAGUUGCUUGAAUCUCAGGGACUUAUUUUAUUCAAAUUAUAGCAUCUGUUUUCUUGAUAUAUUUGUUAGCUUUCAAUUUAGCAACACGUAGAUAGCUGUUUGAAUCUUUAUAUUAUUUUAUCUGUUGUGUGAUAUUUAUAGUGCAUGUUUCAGUUUCACAUCGCAUGAAAGUAUGUGUAAAACUAACUGGGGAGAUAAUUUAGUAUGCGAUGAAACAGUAAUGAAUGUAACUUCAUUGGUAUGACUAUAACCGAGUUGCAUACCUCUGGAAUAAAGAGAAAAAUUCUUUUUUACAGCACAUAACUGUAUGUAUACUGUAUUUUUAGCUGGUUUUAAAGAAAUAAAUUUUGUAAAAUUCUCAAAUUUUAUUGUGCAAAAAUAUACAAAAUAUACUGAAAAGCUUUGUUAUUUAAUGAUAGCCAGAAG